AUGGCAUUGAAAUUUAGGGAAUUGCCAUAUUAUAGGAUAGAACAGAUAGGACCAGCACCCACGGUAAAAUAUACAACCAUACUAAAAACAGCUAUGCCUUUUAGCCAUAAGAACCAGAGCAAGAGGCCGAAGUUCCUGCUGGAUUUGAAGAUUAACGAAUUAGUUAAUAUCCCUCAGUCUACCGGAUACUGUUUUGUCAAGUGGCAUUUGAAAGAUGGGACCGGGACUUCAUCCACAACGAGGAAAAUACCAUUAAAUUCAACUGGAAAUACAACCACGUCGGGAAGUACAGACUCAACAGACAAGAAUGCAGUCGUGGAAGUGACGAACCAAAGCCAUGGUUCCACUCCACACCGUUUGGUAAAACAUCAUAAAGUACAAUGGAACUAUUCCUUAGCGAGACCAUUACAAGUGAAGUUAAAUGUGGAUAAGAAUAGAAAUUUGGUCAGUAAAUAUUUGAAGAUGGAGGUAUAUUUCCAAUUUUUGAACCAAAAAUCUAAAGCAUCGACAAAUGAUAAAGAACCAAAGGAUAGUAACCUUACGACGGCGCCAACAGCAACAAAAAAAUCGAUGGGACUUAAGUCCUCAGGAGAGAAUUCAUAUUCACAAAGGAUUACAGGAAAGAUAUUGUUAGGUUGCAUCACAGUGGAUAUAACAGAAUAUAUUAGAAAGGAAGAACCUUUAUUGACGAAUCGGUUUCUAUUACAAGACUCUAAAGUCAAUUCAAUAAUUAAUAUUUCAUUGCAAUUGAAAUUAAUUCGUGGUAUAUAUGAUGAUUUUCACAUAAAGAAGACAUUUUCCAUGGGUCAAUUAUCAAGUUCGUUUCAAGAUAGUGGAAUUUCGACUAUAUUAGAUAGUAGUAAUACCCCUUCAAGUAAUUCCUUGGGGGCCUCUCAUUUGUCUAAAUCACAGACGUCAUAUUCAUCUAAGGGAGUUGGUGUGAACAUGAAUGCAACUAUUUCCACAUCCAUGUCACCUUUGAUUGAUAAGUUAUAUGAGAGGACUUUCCAAUUAUCUUGGGAUCCCAGACCUAAUGAAUUCUCACCUCGAGAGUGCGUUGCUGAUAUAAUGAGAGGUGGGAAUGGAUGGGCAAAGAAUGAAAAGGGGAUCAAUCUGAUUGAUUUACAGACUUUAAAACUGAAUGAACUGGAAUCCAAUUCUAAAUUCAAUUUUUUGGUUGAUAAUGGUAAGAAUGAAAAUCACAACAAGAAGAAUAGUAUAGGUUCCUCUGGUAAUGGAACCAGUAAUAAUGACUUUACCCAUAUGGACAGAAGGGAAUUCUUGGAGAGGAAGAAGAAGCAGUUAGAAAUAUCAAAUUGGAGCCAUUUAUCUCCAACACAAAGGGCUAAUCUGAGAAGGGGACCCAAGAAUGAAUCCAUACCGAACAAUAUUGCUGAAGAUGACAAUGACGACAAGGGGAUAGAUCAAAACGAUCCUGAAUAUUACAGUGAGGAGGACAUUGAUAAGAUCAUUAAGAAUCCUAAAGGCUGGUCUGUGGGGCAACUAACUUUCUGA